UGAGGAUUAGGUCUUCCCAUGAUGGCCUCGUGUAACUAUAAUACUUAUUAAUUCCAAUCGUAGUGUUACUUACACUGCUUACUUCAGGUUUACCUAAGAGGUAGUCUAUGAUGUAGCCUGCAACCUAUGCUUUUAGUGCAAAAUAAUUAUACCUCGGCACCUUUUGGCCGUGGUUCUACAAAUCCUCUUUUGUCGUAUGAUGAGUAAUGAAGCUAGGAUUUUGCAGCUUUUAAUUAAGACUAAAUUAUAGUCUUGUUUACUAUUUGAAUCCAGGCUCGACUUACAUAGAACUUAACCUAGUCUAGGUAUAAAAUUCAACAAGACCCAGACAGCGCCCUCAAGGGACAUUACCUUUCUUCUUUCAAGCAUACAAAACAGUCUUAGAGCACCUUUUUCUAUACCAGCUCAGGUAUCACUACCUAAAUCACUCUCAUAUUCUAACAACUCACAAUCAUCUACGUGCUGUCCACCAUGGCCACCGAAGAGCAGCCCAAAAUCAAGCUUUACUGGCUAGAGCAGUCUCGCGCUCAAAACAUCCUUUGGCUUCUUGAGGAGCUCAAGGUGCCUUAUGAGCUUGAAACAUUUCGUCGAGUAAACAUGCUCGCCCCUCCGGAGUUGAAGAAAAUUCAUCCGUUGGGAAAGUCGCCCGUGAUCUCUAUCACACCUGCAGGCUCGGAAGAACCUAUCGUUCUAGCCGAGAGCGGGUUCAUCACUCAAUACCUGAGCGAGCAUUUCAGCCAAGGCACCACCAUGAUGCCUAAGCGCUGGAAGGACGGCCAGGACGGCAAGGUCGGCGGCGAGACCGAACAGUGGCUGCGGUGGCAGUAUCUGCUCCAUUACGUCGAGGGUUCUCUGAUGCCGAUGCUUAUAAUGGCGAUGGUCCUGGGAGCGCUCAAGGGGUCCAAUAUCCCCUUCUUCAUCCGCCCUAUCACCUCCAUGGUUGCCAACCAGAUCUUCAGCCGCCUCGUGUUCCCGAACGCGAAGUCGCAGCUGGGAUUCCUGGAACAGCAGCUAGCGACUUCGGGAGGCGACUACUUGUGCGGCCCGGAACUCACAUCUGCGGACGUGCUUAUCAGCUUCGCGUUAAUCGCAGCUAAGGAUAAGUUUGAGACUUUUGGAACGUGGGAAAGCGGCGGUCCUAAGGCGUUGUUUCCUAAGGUGUUCGCGUACAUCGAUAGGCUCGAGGCACAUCCCGGAUACGGGAAGUCGGUCCAGAAGGUUAAGGAGAUUGAUUCGAGCCUGGGCAUCAUGUUCACACCCAAGAUGUGAAAUUGAAAACUCCUGAUUAUGCGGUAUCACUCAUCUUCAUGCGAGAUCAUCACGAAUACCGAGUACAUGCAACGCGAAUUAUGCCUACAUAGGUACCAAAUUGAUGCGGGAUGGGGACGACUGAAAAACUUGCUGCAGCCGUUACGCUGGUUUAAGCCUUGACCUACCCUAGGCCCGGCUUGAUUAGUGUCUUAAACUGAACACGGCAUGGAAACAAAAAGCUAUGGAUAUGAGACGUACUAUCGAGUAGGAGACUGUCUUAGAUAUGAGCAUUAUAGUUGGAGGAAUUAGUGAUUGUAUAUACCUAGGUAUAA